AUGCUGGCGGAGCUGCGGCCAGAGCCGCGCGACACGAUUUCAUCAAUUUGCUUCUCCCCAAACCACGCGAAAAAUGUGCUCGCGUCUUCUUCCUGGGAUAACAUGCUACGCGUCUAUGACGUGGACAAUUCGGAGCUGAUUUCUCAGCACGAAUUUCAAGCCGCCCCACUAGACUGCUGCUUCCUUUCAGAUUUCAAUCGCGUUGCAGUGGGAGGCCUAACGGGAGGAAUACAUGUCUUUGAUGUUCACGGCGCCAAGAUAUCCCAAGUCGGCCGUCAUGACGCCCCUGUUCGCUGUGUCCGCUUCCACAGACCAACGAAUCUCAUCUACUCCGGUGGGUGGGACAGCACGAUUAGAGCGUGGGAUUUGCGUUCCCCGAGGGAAGUUGGUGUUGCGACGCUCCAUGGUAAAGUCUAUGCGAUGGAUUUGAACGACGACAAACUAGUGGUCUGUGACUCCAUGAAACGGACAUACAUAUACGACAUCCGCAAUGGCGCGGAGUUGGUCAACGCGGAAUACCGCGAUCAAAUUCUCAAGUACCAGAUAAGAGCAGUGCGGUGUUUCCCAAACGGGCAGGGAUUUGCAGCGUCGUCCAUUGAAGGCCGUGUUACCUGGGAAUACUUCGACCCGAACCCCGAGGUGCAGUCCCGGAAGUACGCCUUCAAGUGCCACAGGAUUAAAGAAACAGACGGAUCGGAAACAGCAUGCCCCGUUAACUCGAUUGUUUUCCAUCCUCGGUAUGGAACUUUUGCCACUGGCGGUUCGGAUGGCGGUGUGUCAAUUUGGGACGGGUUGAGCAAGAAACGGCUAUGCAGGGUCCCUCCUCUACCUACGAGCGUCUCGAGUCUGGCCUUCAACUCUAGCGGCACUCUCCUAGCAAUGGCGGUGUCGUACAUGUAUGAACGGGGACCACAGCCAGGGCAGCCCAAACCACAAAUUAUCGUGCGUGCCGUUAGAGAAGAGGAUGUGCGUCCGAAGUCCUAG